GACUUUGGAAAUCCUAAAUGGCCAAGCUACUGCAAUCUCCACCCAGGUUCCUUCCUGCGGAGUGGUAUAUUGCUAACAAAAGCCAGUAUCACAGAGCAGAGGCCCAAAGGUCCCGAUCUGAACGCUUGGUGGCAGAGAGCCAGAGGCUUGUGGAAGAAAUUGAGAAGACCACCAGGAAGUCUCAGAGCGAUGUGAACAAGAAACUUGAGCAGAGACUUGAAGAGGUCAGGUUCUGGAAGAAGGAGUUAGAUGACAAACUUGAACAGCUCGUGAACCAGACAGAUGACCUGCUCACGUACAAGAUCCGCCUGGAGAGAUCCUUGGAGAGCUACAAGGAGCCCCUGCACAUCACGGAGAAGUGCCUGGCCUACAGGGAGAAGCGCGUGGGCAUCGAUCUGGUGCAUGAUGUGGUGGAGCAGGAGCUGCAGAAGGAGGCUGAUAUCAUCCACGGAGUCAUGAACCUGCUUAUCCGCACGCUGGAGGAAACAACAGAACAGAUCAGGCUGAACCGCUCUGCCAAGUACAAUCUGGAAAAGGAUUUGAAGGACAAGUUCACGGCCAUAACUAUCGACGAUGUCUGCUUCUCACUCAACAAUAACUCACCAAAUAUCAAUUAUUCUGAGAAUGUUGUGAGAAUCGAGCCCAACUCUGUGAGUCUGGAGGACUGGCUGGACUUCUCCAAUGCCAAUGUGGAGAAGGCAGACAAGCAGCUGAACAAUUCAACGGCCCUGAAGACCCUGGUGGACCAAAUCCUGUCCCAGACAGCCAAUGACCUGCGCAGACAGUGCGAAGUGGUAGACACGGCCUUCAUAAACGGGCUGAAGGAGACCAAAGAUGCCAGGAACAAGCUGGCUGAUCAUCUGGCCAAGGUUAUGGAAGAAAUUGCUUCCCAGGAAAAAAACAUCACGGCUCUUGAAAAUGCCAUUACGCAGCAAGAAGGGCCAGCCAAGGUCGCGCACACACGCCUGGAGACCAGGACACACCGGCCUAACGUGGAGCUGUGUCGAGACAUUGCUCAGUAUCGGCUGAUCAAGGAGAUUCAGGAGAUCAACCACAAUGUUGCCAGGUUAAAGGAAACCCUGGCCCAGGCUCAGACGCAGCUGAAGGCGCUAUACCGCCGGCAGCUGGCCCUGCAGGAGGAAAUCCAGAUCAAGGAGAACACCAUCUAUAUCGACCAGGUGCUAUGUAUGGAGAUGAGGAAGUCCAUCCCACCUCGAGACGGCGAUGACCACGGGGCCUGGGAGGGAGGCAUCCGCGCAGAGGCCAUCUGCUGAUAGGAGCCAUUCAGAGCCUUAAUAAACUGCAUCGUAAGACAAGA